AUGAAGAGAAAAUUAGCGGAUGGUCAAAGCGAUGGACCACCGACGAAAGCAGAUAUCACCGCCGGUAAAGAACCAGUUGCGAGCAAACGAGAGAGUUCUGGAAAGAAGACACUCGUCACCCCAUCGAUAGUUGACGAACAGGAGUUACUUCGCUCGCUCCACAAUGCAGUUCUUUUGACAAGCAAAGAUGUUUGUGAGGAAAUUCGCAACAAAUCGAUGAUGCCGAUUGAGUUUGAUCCCCAGGUCGUUGAACGAGCCACAGCAGUGCUCUUUGAUACUUUCACGCAGGCCUGGGUCCCGGAUCUUUUCGCUUUCUCUGAGCACGCAAAACGAGCUACGAUUGGGGUGGAGGAUAUGAAAUUGCUUCUACGUAGGAACCCUAAAUUGUGCCAAUCCAUCGAAACUUCAUGUGGCGUAAAUCUCGAAGCUUCGAAACGAAACGCUGGACGACCAUCGAAGCGAAAAAGUCAAAAUGAGCCUAAGCAGACUGAGGCUGCUGAUUUUGGACGCGAUGACACGCUUUUUCCAAUGGCUACUACACCAGAUCCCAAGCCAGUCAAGGAUUUCAUCGGGUUGACACCUAAGCCUCCGAUUGCUCAAUCGACGCCAAUCCAAGCAACGCCACGAGGAGGGCGCAAUUUACCGGCGCGACGAUUGCCCUCUCCAAUUGUUGAAUGUGAGGAGGCAAAUUCGGAAGACAAAUUGCUUGCCUGGGAACGAGAGCUGGCAAUGAAGACCAUAGAGAAAGAGAAUUUCGGCCAUCAAAGUGACAAUCGAUGCGAAAUGUAUGAUACAUUAUUUAAUGGUGAGCCAUCGACCAGCGCUUAUAGACAAAGACCGGAGAUUGUUAAAGAUUCCUUCGUAGACGAAACAGCGUUUCAAACUAAUCGAACGGCAAUAGCGGAAGAAACAAUGAUGGGAGAAGAAACAAUUCUCGGAAAUCUGGGUUUUGAUCCAAGUCAAGAUCUAGACUCUGACUCAUUCAAUUCGUUUGAUGGCCCGCAAUUUUCCACCCCAAUCAGGGAGCCAGCAUCAUCAAAACCGGCUAGAGAUUCUUUUGAUGACGAGUUAGAACUUAUUGAUGAUAUGUCGGGAAACUUCUCAAAAGGCACUCCUGUUUCAAAAAUCAAUCCGUUUAAGAAGGGUAACGAGCCAUCGACGAGCUCUGCUGUGAAGGGUUCCAAGACGAUGGAGAGCAAAUCGACGAGUAAAACCUCGAAUAAAAUUAGCCCACCCCUUCAAAAGUCCAAGGCAAUAGAGUACGAUUCUUUUGACGAGGACUUCGAAAUCAUUUCUUCGGCCAAACCAAUUUCACAUAGCAACGCUUGGGAAGUCUUAAAAAAGCCCACCGGCAAAAUGUUUGACAGUGCUGUUACGGGGAAGGGACGCGCAUAUGAUUCAUUCUUCGACGAUGAUAUUACCGAUCCUGGGGUUCAAGAAAGCCACUCCUCAGCGACAAAAGCACAUUCGUCUUCUUCUCGGUCCAGCGUAGGGAAGUCAGAUGCUUCGAAUUCGACUAAAAACCCACCGCUGGCGACGGUACAACCGAAGAGCUCGGAGAAACGUCUUGAUGUUUCCACCAAAAGUGCUCAAUCAAAGCUAGGAGAGAAUCCCUUUUCUGAGUACUAUAUGCCACCUGGGGACUCGAGAACGUUGGGAUUCACCUCAAAUGAGCCGUGUGAUGUCGAUGAUUCCAUAGGGGGAGCCGGGGAAAAUGCGACCAAUGUUUUCCUCAAAUUGGACGAGCUCACAAAGGAGGAGACAAUUUUCACGGCCGUCCACCAUUGGAAAAGCGUCGCCGAUCGGUUAAAGAAAGCCGGAUAUCCGCUUUUCGUCUCGGAACGCGAUGAACGCUUCAAUCACGAGCUACAUGACAAAGCACAAGAGCUUUUCACGUUUUUGGAUCAACUCCUCGGUGACACCAAAGAUGGGAUCUUGGAAACGGACGCGAUCUACCAAAAGCUCUGGUUCCUGAUGGCACAGGGGCAGCCACUAGAAAGCUUCAAGCAAACAAUGUUUGAAAUGGACUGCUCGGAGAAAUGCAGCGCGAUUUGGGAGAAUGAGGCGGUCGCCUAUCGCUGUAAUACGUGCGCCUUAACGCCUUGCAUGUCCUUGUGUGCUUCAUGCUUUAACGCCGGCAACCACGAGGGUCAUGAUUUCACGCGUUUCUUUUCGAGAGAGGGUGGCGCUUGUGAUUGCGGGAAUAAAGAUGUGUUGAAAGAGGAAGGCUUUUGCAAACGCCACCGAUCGAAUACAGAGAAGCCGCUCGAGAUCUCGCCCCUCGUUGUCUCCCUUCCCGAGUAUACGAUCCUACGAAUUGUGAUCAGAUUGUUUGCCAUUUGUCGCGGGUUUGCUGAAAAGACGAGAUUACGAAUGGAAGCGAUGAAGGACGCACUAGAGGCGAACGAGUGGCUGCGUUUGAUGUCACUCCAUGGAGAAUCCAUCGUUCGACAAACCACGAAGAUUGUCGCGUUUCUACAAGAUUGCGUGAACAUUGGCGGACCGUUACGCGACGCGAUCUCGGUGAUGCUGCUCGAUAAGGAGUUGUACAAACAGUUGAAUCGACCCGGGAAAACGAAGAUCGUCACCACUUUGCUGGAUUUGGGAAACUGUCGCGAGUUGGAAGAGGAUAAGCUCUCACUUUCGAAAUCGGUUCCCGAAGAGUAUGGAAACGGAGAUGAAGAGAUGUUGAAAACUGAGAACUUAUUGGAUGAGUUGAUCUUUUGGAUUGUCCGUCUCACCUUUCCGCAGACGUUGAUCAACUUCAGCCUUAGCAUGCUCUCGUCGGAUUCCUAUCGAGAUCACUUUGCGUAUCGAUUCUUCAAACUUUACCCGUGCACAGUCACGUUGAUUAAGGAAAUUGCGGCGAUAAAUGACCAACUCUCUGAUUACUACACUGUGCACACUAUCGCUUGCCGAGUGAUUCAUAUUUCGGUUCAGAUGCUUUCCUCAGAGGCUUUAUGCCUUCGAUUAGACGAUUCGGUGAAUGUGAUACGGGUUGUGCUUUCUGCGGUGAAUUUCCUUUUCAAAGAGGCUACCGUUGAGAAUCGGAUGACUUUGGCUCCACUGUUUCGAAAUGUCACCGAUGAGUCGGCGAUCGCCAUCGUGACAAACAGCUGGCGGGUGAUCAAUUGCGAGAGGAAUACCCUGCUUGCAACACAUGGAUAUUGGUUUGUGAUGGGCGAUUUGCACAAUCUUCUCUCGCACUAUGCGGUGGCUGCUCGAAUGGUAGCCUAUCAACAGGUGUUUCGUGACUACUUUGUGCAACACAUUUGCAUCAUGCAGGGAAUGCAUCAAUGUUUCCGGAUCGUCACCGGGGAUCAUCGGGAGAUCGAGCACGCCGAGGUGUAUCAGAGAGAGUUCACUCUUGAGUACGAGACAUCAGCGACGAGUAUGUUCAGUUUAAUUCUCGGCAUCGCUCACUUGAGCUACGCGACACACGCCAUUGAGUUCAUCAAUGCAUUCAAAGCGGCUUUGGAGAAAUGGUUCGUCGAGCUGAAUUACCCCCGGACAACGAUUCUCUCAUGUCAUCCAUUCUCCGUUUCGUUUCACAUCCCUCUGCAUCGAAAUCUAUCUACAGCACUCACCCACUUCAAAAAUAUUCCGGGAAUGUUUUCUUUGCUCGAAUCUUUCCGCGCGGAUGCGAACUUUUUGAAGAAGUUGAUCCUGCACCCAAUGAGGAUACAGGUUGUGCGAGCCGAGCACCAAAACGGGAUGUGGGUUCGAAACGGAGCACAACUCCGCGUACAUGCAUUCAUCUACGCACAACCGCACAUUUCGACGGCACUUCUGAUGCCGGAUAUUGAUUUGAUUCGCUUCUGUGUCGCAAAUCUGGAUCCGGAUUGGGUUUGGGAGUGCGUGUUGGAGAGUUUCCAUAUGCAAGACAUCUUUGAGUGGACAACUCGGCAAAGAAAGAAAAUCGUUCGUCGGACUGACGGAGAAGAGCCAAAACCAGCAACAAGUCAAGAGUCACCCCGACAAGCAGCCCAGGAAUCCUCGAUCACAUCCGGCGGUCAAGCGAUUGUGAAAAACCCUGUACCUCUGCAAUCACCACAACAAGGACCCGUCGAAUCAAAGGCUCAAAUUGAGAACAUCAUCAAUGAUCUUAAAAAGGGGGAAACUUCAGCGAUAAGUGAGAAAGCGAAAACCGAGGAGGAGAUGAAGGCUGAAGUGACACCGGAGAACACGAAGAGAAUCAGUGACAUUCUCUGGCGGGGUUUCUACGAGUCAGAAGUGAUUACCAGACCUGAAUGGAUCGAUACGAUGGUCGCUGGAGCAUUGAGAUUGAUCGCACAAUGCGUUGUGAUCCCGGGAAGUUGGGAGAGGAGCAUCAACGAGAUCGUUCGGAAUGAGAUCGUCCUCGUGCUUUCCGAUGGGGAUUACACGUUCAGCAAGCUGAGAAGUGCCGCAAUACCGGAUAAAGGAAGUCGUGGAAUUGAGAACAUUGAUGAGAUUUUCGAGCAAGAAUUGAAAAAGGUGGCCGACUAUUUAGCGCCGGACGCGAGUCGACAGGGAAGAUUUCGAUUGAAAGAAUCAGCAUGGAGAGAUCAUUUCUGCCCGCUCUUCACCCAGGUGCGCGGUCAUUCGGCGAAGCACUGGAACGCGAUUAUCAAUCGCGUUGAAGAGAGAGAGAAAGCCCAGCUGCCCGGCGUUGACAGCAAGAAGUCACAGUUGAAGCUUUGGAUUCCAUACCGCUUGAUCGACUUCGAGAAGACGAUGAGCGAUCAGUGGACGAGCGGUGUCUGCAAUUUGUUGACGUGCGAGCGCUUUUUUGAGAUGAGCGCUAUCAUUCUGAAAGCGUGCUGUGCCAAAACUUAUCUCCAAGAUCAAUCCGAGCAACUCGUUAUCUAUUUGCUGUCGUUGUCGGUGAAAUACGUGGGAAGUUUGCCGGAGGACAAAAGAGGAAAGAUUCUCCGCUAUCUGCACAUGGACUGGAAUUUCCGCAAAAAGGAUGGAUCAACUGGAAGUCUAUCCGUUAUCACUGUGUUGAGCGCAAUGUUUGCCGAUGCUUUGGCAACUGACGAUUUUGCUGCAAGGAUCAAGGAAGAGAUCGGAAAAGAUGUGCAAAAUCGUAUCACGGGCACGAAAAUUGACUACAUGGCGAGACUCUUCAAUUUGCUUUAUAAAACUGAUCGCUUGGCAAAAAAUUUACUCGAUAGUGUCAUCCUGACAAAGACGAGUUUUAAAAUUGCAAACGAUGUGACCGAAAAGGAUAAAGAAGAGAAAAGACUAUUGGCGAAAAGGAGAAGAGAACAAUUAUUGGAGUUGACAAAGAAGAAAAAUGAAGAGACAAUGAAAGCGAUGAUGGAAAAAGAGGGGAUCACACAAGAGGAAAUGGAUGAUAUUGACACGUCACAGCCAUCCGUUCGUUUGUACGAUUGCCCGAUCUGUGGAGACACAACUCCAUCAACGACGAAUCAACCAUUGGGAAUGCUUGUUCAGAUGGAAGAAAAUGACAUCGUUGGCUCUCAAGUGGAUGCCAAUGAGGAAACUAUGACCUUGCUGGAGGCGGACGCACAAUAUGCACAGAAUGGCCUAUUGGCUGAGCGUUUAACCCUUCGAACAUGGGAAUCGGCGCGGGGAGAGUUGGUCAACACGGUAAAGCCCUACGAUGGCCUGGUCGAAGCGAGUAGUUCAAUGGAGAUAAAAACCUGCGGUCAUUGUGCUCAUAUCACAUGUUUAACCCAAUAUGCGAAUACGUUACAGAGACUGGAAGUGAAUCGAAGUCUGUUCACCACGGAGCUUUCGUGUCCGCUUUGCAGAGGAAAGUUCAACUAUUGUCUUCCGUUGGCUUUCGAUUUCGGCUUUGAGAUGUCCACCAGGCACAAGGAGCACACAAUGGUUGAGGCUCGGAAGAGACUCCUCGAGGCGAUCGUUGAGCGAAAACCGGAUUUCACUGAUCCCAUCGAAAAGAGUGCUUUUAUUUCUCACUACAAAGAAAGCAUCGACGGUUUGCUGUCUCAUAUGCAAUCUCACAAAGAGUACACCAUUCAAAAUCACAUCGCCGGGCUGAUCAAGGCAAACGUGGAACGAAAUCUCCUACAAGCGAAAAUCUUUUUGGAUGGGAAACGCCGCAAGAAUAGAAUGCUGGUAGUCGAGCAUCUCGUUGCGGCGCUGGUGGCAAGGACGAGCAAUCUUGACGUGAAAACGAUGCUCUGCGCGGCGAGGGAUCUCUUUGAGCCGACAUUCUUCGGGGAUCAAUCAGUCGAUCCACCGUCAUCUUCGUCGGAUUCAACUUUCAACUUCAUCGAUGAAAUCGACGAAGAUCAGCCAAUGAUCGCCUUUGAUACAGAAGAGAAUCAGCGAGCGCUUUUAGAUGUUUUAAGACCGAGUCUUAAUCGUCCACGAGGACCCUAUGACUCGAUAAAGAAGAAAUCCGAUGUGCCACUUUUGCUCUUCGAUCAUCGAUCGUUGUUGGUCAAGCUCACCGCGUACCUCGUGCAACAAAGAUUCGCGUGCGAAGAGAAAUUGAAUCUUUGCCGUUUGGUGGCUCAACUCUGUCACGAUGCCGCACUGACACGUUGUUGCCUUCAAUUGCUGAUCCGUUUGACUUUCGAUGAUGCGAUGAGAAUCGGGAAAUCAAAUGAGGAUUCAUUGCUUUCAUUAGCAGCCAGGGAAUUCUUGGAGUGCCGGCCGUUCAUCACUGCGCAUCUUUUUGCCGAGACAUCGGCUUUAACUUACGAGCGAACCUUGACCGAGUACGCGGACGCAAACGUGCGCUUUAUCGCGCAAUUCUGGCAAGAGUUAAAGCUGAAAGAGGUGCCGAAAGAGGUCGAUUUGCACCAAAUGUCCGCGGAGAAUUUACGAGAGUUCAUUGGCAUCUCAAAGACUCCUCUCGCCUCCACGCAACUCAUUCACACGUGGAUCCGACAGUUCGCACCGAUUUUCGCCUACAGUCGUGACUGCAAAUCGAGGCAUUAUUAU